AUGCCAACCCCCAAAAUCGCCAUAAUAGGCGCUGGCCCUUCCGGCCUUACCCUAGCAUCUCUCCUCCAUAAAUCACCCUCAUUCCCCACCCCCAACAUCACCAUCUUCGACCUGCGGCCUCGCCCCACCGCAAGCAGCCUCUCCACCCCCUCCGGCUCCCUAGACCUACACGCUUCAUCCGGGCAACUAGCCCUCGCAAAAUGCGGGCUUCUUGAACAGUUCAAAUCCCUGGCUUCGGAAUGCAGCGAAGAGAUGAUCAUAUCUGAUGCGGGGGGAGUGGUGCGGUAUCACGAUCAGGGACAUGGAGGCGAUAGACCCGAGAUUUCGAGGAAUGCUCUUACGGAGUUACUAUUAUCGAGUGUACCCGAGGAGGUUAUUAAAUGGGAGACGAAAGUUCUCUCCGUUGUUCGUUCUGCUUCAUCUUCGGGCAAGAAAUGGAAUAUCACGUCGUCGUCGUCUCGGAAAAUAAACUCCACCUCCAGUACAGAAGCGUCAGCAGAAGAGGCAGAAGCAGAAAUGCACGAGUUUGAUCUAGUAAUAGGAGCAGACGGCGCAUGGUCCAAAUCCCGCGCCUCUCUCCCAGGCACCACAACCCCAUUCUACAGCGGCGUCUCAGCCAUAACCCUCACCGUCACAAACCUCAGCACGCACGCCCCCCUAAAUAGCCUCCUCGGCCAGGGCACCUUCUGGGCCUGCGCACCGCGCCGAACCCUCAUAGCACAGCACGGCUCCCACGACUCAGCGCGCAUCUACCUCAUGCUAGCCUCGCCCUCAGAAACCUAUCUACAGGACAAGGGACUCACAGGUCUUACGGGCGCGGAGCUAGCAACCAAACUCCUUGAUCAUGAAUCGCCAAAAGCAGAACCAGAACCAGAAUCAAAACCAGAAUUAGAAGUAGAAUUUUUGUUCCAAAACUUCAGCAAAAACAUCAAGGACCUCAUAACAACAGCCUGCUUUUCCGAGCCCAGCAUCAUAGACGCAAAACCCCUCUACAUGCUCCCUCCCUCCAACACGUGGACCCACACACCUGGCCUAACGCUCAUCGGCGACGCAGCACAUCUCAUGACGCCGUUUGCAGGCGAGGGCGUGAAUUGCGCUAUGCUCGAUGCGUUGGAACUGUCUAAAGCCAUCAUUUCCACUUCCACUUCCAUAUCUACUUCCACUUCUACCUCUACUUCCACUUCCACUUCCACUGCUAGUAAUCAAAUCACAGAUGAUUUAGACAAGGCGAUACAGGUCUUUGAAAUCAGGAUGUGGAGACGGAGUAGGGGGAUCGCGGAAGAUACGUAUAGGAAUCUGAAGAUGAUUUUUGAGGAUGAGAAGGUGCCUGAGGGGAUUGUGAAGGAUUUUGAAAGUCAUGGUGGGGUGGUUGACAUGGUGACUAUGGGGUUUGGCUUUUUGAGGGGAAAGAUUAAUGAAGUUUUGGGGUAUGAUUGA